GCCCCGGGGGGGGGUCCCCAUGAAGGAGGAGCCGCUGAGCGCGGGGCUCCCCGCCGGCCGCUGGCUGCAGGGCACCGGCAUCCUGGACGCCAGCACGGCGGCGCAGAGCGGAGUGUCGCUGGCCCGCGCUCACUUCGAGAAGCAGCCCCCGGCCAACCUGCGCAAAUCCAACUUCUUCCACUUCGUGCUGGCCAUGUACGACCGCCAGGGCCAGCCCGUGGAGGUGGAGCGCACCUGCUUCAUCGACUUCGUGGAGAAGGAGAGGGAGCAGAACGGGGAGAAGACCAACAACGGGAUCCACUACCGCCUGCAGCUGCUCUACAGCAACGGGCUCCGGACCGAGCAGGAUUUGUACGUCCGUCUCAUUGACUCCAUGUCCAAGCAGGCCAUCAUUUACGAGGGGCAGGACAAGAACCCCGAGAUGUGCCGGGUGCUGCUGACCCACGAGAUCAUGUGCAGCCGCUGCUGCGACAAGAAGAGCUGCGGGAACCGCAACGAGACCCCCUCGGACCCCGUCAUCAUCGACAGGUGCUGGGGACAUCGGGGACAUCAUCGGGGACAUCGGGGGACCCCCGACACCUCACCGCGACCCGGGAGGGGGUGGCAGCUACCGGGGGUGUCCCCAAGGUUGGGGACACGAUGCUGAUGAGCAGAGGGGACA